AGGUGGGGAUUAUACCACCUAUGCUGUAUAUACCAGAUCAAGUUCUGCACUGGUAAAUAAGGGACGUUUUAGGAACUCUGAUGGCUGCUUUUUUCUCACAAGGUAUCAACCAUGAUUUAGAUGGUGGAAGAUCAUGGACAGCUGGUGACCUUCUCGUGUAUUGUUUGGAAGAUCUGGGAAAGUAUGAUUUCAAACGAUUUAAGGAUAAAUUGUCAGAUUUUGUAUAUAGGGAAAUAACUUCAAUCCCACGUGGAAUUCUUGAAAAGGCAGACUGCAUAUCCACAAAGAAUCGCCUUGUUGAUACUUAUGGAGAGGAGGUUCUAGAUGUAACAAUCAAAGUGCUUCAGUUAAUUGGUCUGAUGGGACCUGCACAAAAACUCCAGGAGGGUAUAGAAAACCUAUGCUUAACAAGGACUGGGUUUACAACUAGACGCCUGGAAGUGUUUAGAGUAAGAUACAUGAAUUGUGUGAGGCGUAAAUUCCAGCAAAUUCAAGACACUAAUGCCCGCCUUGGUGAUGCUGUUGCUUUUAAAAAAAGAUACACAAGACUGCUAAUGAUUCAGGAGCAUCGCACUGAAGAGGAAAGAGAGCAUGAACUAACAUUUACUGGAAGGAUGCACUUGCGGAUAAUGUCUAAUCGUUCGUCAGAUGAAUAUUCACCAACAUCUAUUCUAUCUCUGUUUGAUCCUGAUGAUGAUGAACUAAUUCCAGAAAUCGUGGUAAUACAGGGACCAGCUGGCAUUGGAAAAACUAUGACAGCCCAAAAGAUCAUGCUUGAUUGGGCCUGUGGGAACAUGUAUCAGAACAUGUUCAAUUUUGUGUUUUACAUGAGUUGUAGGGAAAUAAACAACAUUAAUAAUCAAAUAAGCAUUGCCGGUUUGAUAUACAAAUUAUGCCAGCUAAAGUGUCCACCAAAUCUGAUGAAAGCAGUUUUUGAAGAUUCAGAUAAAAUACUUAUUAUUGUUGAUGGUUUUGAUGAAUUAAGAUGUACGCUUAGGAAUGACAUGGAGAUGUGUGAUGAUCCAUUUCAAGAGACCUCCAAAGAAAUCCUCAUCAAAAGUCUGUUUGAAAAGCAAAUUCUCGAGGAUGCCUCACUUAUAAUCACAACAAGGCCAUUUGCGUUGGACAGACUGAGAGAAUACGUACGUUUUCCCCGUUAUGUGGAACUUCUUGGGUUUACAGAGCGUGACCGUGAGGACUACUUCCACAAGUUCUUCCAAAAUAAAGAACUAGCAGAAGCAGCUCUAAGCAUAGUUAAAGAAAAUGGAACCCUAUUUACCAUGUGUGUUGUCCCUAUAACAUGCUGGAUUAUAUGUACUGUAAUGAAACAGCAAUUAGAAAGGGGUAUAUAUGCAGUCUAUGCCAAAACAUCCACCUCUGUUUAUAUGCUCUAUGUAAAACAUUUAUUAAAAGUUCAUGGGAGAAAUUCUAACUUUAGUUUAAUAACAUGGGUAAGGAAGCUCUGUGCGCUCGCAAAUAAUGGAAUUUGGGAACAGAAAAUCCUGUUUGAUGAAGAAGACAUUAUGGAACAAGGACUUGUAAUAUCAGACAUAGAAUCUCUCUUUCUAAAUGAAAAUAUCUUUCAAAGGGACAUUGACACUUGCACCUGUUACAGCUUUGUUCAUCUAAGUGUACAGGAGUUCUUUGCUGCUUUACAUUAUGUAAUUAAGGAGGACACAAAAAGCAAAGACAGUUCAGAAAAUCAUCAAAUCCAUGAGGCAUCUGUGGAAACUGAAAACAACCAUGAUUUGGAUGAAUUAAAAUUCCAGAGGAAUUUCCAAAACCUCUUGAAGCAGUCCAAACAACAUCAACACUUACUCUUAACAGUCCGUUUUCUAUACGGACUCUCCAGUGAAACUGAAACACAUACACUUCAACAAUUGUUUGGGUUUAGCAUGUCAAGUGAAAUGAGAUCUAUUUUGGAAGAGUGGCUUCAGAAAGAGUUCCCUUUUAAUGAUCAUGAAAACUUGCACUGUUUGUACGAGACACAAGAUGAAUACUUUGUCAACAGGGUUAUGUCUCGAUAUAUACAGCUUGAAAUUGGUUCAGAUUUUAAUAUGCAAGCUCUUUCAUAUAGUUUGAUGAAUAGUUCAAAAAAUCACCACAUUUGUUUUUUUGAAAUUUUCUUUGGUCCGAAGGCCCAGCAAACUUUGACUAACCUGCUUCACAAGUGCUUUGAACUUCAAUUUUUUAAUUGCAAAUUCCCUGUUGUGGAUUUUGAAGACAUGGAAGCAAUGGAUUACAGUGAUGAAGAGUUUAUGGAAGAUACAGAAAGUAUUGAUAACGUAGCAGAAGAAGAUGUGUCCACUCCUGAAAAAUACAGUCUAAAAUGGUUAUGGAAUGCAUACAGCAGGAUAAAGGAUUUGGGAUUUCAUGCAUGCAAUCUGGACUCGGCCUGCUGUGAGGAUCUCCAUUUCCUUAUUAUUAAAAACAAGUCUCUUAUCAAACUGGACCUGAGUGGGAAUAAAAUACAAGAUUUGGGGUUGAAAAUGCUAUGUAAAGGAUUAACACAUUCUGAUUGCUCCCUACAGGAGCUCCGAGUGCAAGACUGUGAACUUACCUCAGUUUGUUGUGAAGAUCUGGGCUUUGCUCUUAAUACAAAUCAAAGUCUUAAAAAAUUGGACCUAAGCUCAAAUAAACUAAAGGACUCUGGAGUGAAAAGUCUCUGCACCGGUCUAAAAAGCCCCAAAUGUUCUCUAAAAGAGUUGAUGUUGCGCCGCUGUUAUCUGACCCAAGACUGUUGCGAGGAUCUAUGCUCCAUUAUUGCUUUAAACAACUCUUUAAUCAUGCUUGAUCUAAGUGAGAAUAAUUUGCAAGACUCAGGGCUAAAACUUCUAUGUGCGGGUUUGAAAGAUGCUUCCUGUACUCUGCAAGAGUUGAGGCUACAGAAGUGUCUGUUGACUUCAACAUGUUGUGAGGAUCUCCAAGAAGUUCUUAUUGUAAACAGAUCUGUGAAUAAACUGAGACUCAGAGGAAAUAUGCUACAAGACCCAGGUGUGAAAUAUCUCUGUGCUGGGCUCAGACAUCCAAACUGUACUCUACAAGAGCUGUGUCUGGAGAGCUGUGAUGUUACCUCAGCCUGCUGUGAGGAUCUACUCUCAGUUAUUACUAGAAACCAAUUUCUGACCAAAUUGCAACUGGGUGGAAAUAAAAUUGAGGACUUGGGAAUAAAAAUUCUCUGUGAAGGGCUAAGAAAGCCAAACUGUAAACUGCAGGAGCUGAGGGUACCUCAUUGUGGCCUAACUCAGUCUGCAUGUGAAGACCUCAGCUCUGUUAUUAUUACAAGCAACACUUUGAUCAACCUGGACCUGAGUGGGAACAAAAUUCAGGACACUGGAGUACAGUUUCUCUGUAGUGGACUUGUAUGCCACACCUGUAGACUACAGGAGCUUAGUUUGAGGGAUUGUCAUCUAAAGUCAUCAUGUUGUGAGAAUCUUCUCAUGGUCUUAACUUCAAACCAUUCAUUGAUUUUAUUGGACCUUUCAUGGAAUAAUUUUCAGGACUCAGGAAAAAAGAAAUUGUAUGAUGGAUUGAAGCAAUCAUUGUGUUCCCUCCAAGAACUAAGAUUGGAAAGUUCACAGUUACCAGAUAACUUCCAAAAUGAUAAAGAGUUUUAUAGGGAAGAAGCCUUUUUUCCUGUAUCUGAAGAAGAGAAUACGUGUGAAAUUUCUUUAAUUACCUCUUCAGACAGCCAACCAGAGAAUUGCCCAAAUUAUGGGAGCUUAAGUGACUCCACUGAUCCAUCAGCAAAACAUUCAGGAAUUCCUAAAUCAACUCAGUCUACACUGGUUUCUGCUAAACAGCCUGACCUCAUAAUUACAUCACAUCCAUCAUGUGAUAACCCAACCACAAGCAGAACUUCUUUCCACCCUGUGACUUGCAAAUUAAAUGAAGAUGAAGAACUUGUGGCUUCUUAUAAGUCUUUCCCUCAUUCAGAACUUCAGCAUCUUCCCACUGCAAACACCGUUACUCCAUUCCAAGUUGCAAGCCAACAUGCCUACAACUUAGGCAGCAGUAGCCAUAGACCUCAUAAUUGGGCAGCUUCAUUUCCCAGUUUUCACUUGUCAGACAUGUCUGUGGCAAAUGUCAUGCCACGCUAUACACCCAAUGUCUGUAUGCCUGCAUCCUUUUCUCACUCAAUAGCGCAAAAUCAAAGUUCCAUCCAAAAUGAAAUGAGUAGGGAAGGUAAUGUAGCUGAUUUAUCAACAAUUCAAGGAGGGAUUAUAAAUCCAGCUGCUGAACCAAUAUUGGAUUCUUUUAACGUUGCAGAUUUUUCCAAGGGAAAUCUGUAUUCUAAUUCACCUUUUCACAUGCAUUCCUACACACCUCAGCCCUUCUACAAUUAUGCAUGUUACCAGCAGCAAUCUCCUUUGUUUCUACAAGGUCUGCAAUAUAGUAGUUAUCCCUUUAUCAACUCAUAUCAACAAGGAUCUCAUGUUAAUCCAGAAUCAGUACCUGCCUUCAUGCCACAGUUCUUUCCACAGCCCAAUCUGGUAAACAUGACAUAUCCACAGAUGUGGUCUUCUGGCAACCAACAAACUCAACUAACACAGCCAGCAAUCCAACAAUGCCAAUCUCAAAUGGAAAGUUUAGAACAGCUCAUGGACCAAGGACCAAAGAUAUAUCAAUAUCAAGAAGAGCCAGGACCAGAUGUCAAAUAGAUGAGUAAGUCAGAAGAUAAUUUGGAGAAGUACGAAUGAAAUACCAUAUUCUAAAAUUAGCCUUUUCUUCAAAGG